AUGAUGAAGGUCCGAGAGGCACUUCAUACCACAGAAUCAUACGGCAUGAUCGUAUUGGAUCCAACACAAGAAUUGCCUUCCUCGACGUCCGAUGAAGAAUGUCCAUCAUGGAUGUUGAUUGCGGGUAAUGUCUCGGAAUCAUUCACUUGCUGUGAUGAACCACACCAUCAUCAAGAACCUCCUCCCUGUACAACUACACAACCAAGCCUUCACUCAAACAUUCGUGGUGAUUUAUCAGAUCUACCCAUGGAGGUAUUAGGGCAUAUUUGUAAAUACUUGUUGCGUGAGAGAGUCUUUGGAAAAGAGCUAGCCAAUGAUCUUUUACCUUUAUUGCAUACUAAUAAGACACUUCAUGACAAGAUUUACUACAAUCCGUUCAUUUGGAAUGAUGUACAAGCGGAUUUGCAUCACUUUGUGGCCUCUUAUAUGCCUGAGGGUAAUUAUAGUACGACUUGUUUUUCAGUGUUGUGUGACGAACGAUUUAAAAACACUGAUUUUGUUAUUGGAAGAUUUAAUGGACAAUUCGCUUACUAUUAUUCAGUAGAAUGUGAAAUGACAGAAAUGUUUUUCUCGUUUGUUGAAACCUUGUGUGACGCGAGUAGUCUGAUUCAAAACAUUAAGAUGCCACUUCCAUUAAUUUCUUCGUAUUCUCCACCUACAUGUUCUCCUUCCAUUUCUUUCACAAAUUUCAUGACCACUAACGUAUUAUCAACCCAUACCUCCUCAAAGACAACCACAGACCUUCCAACUUCAAUCAAUACCAUCACCAAUGCUAGGAACCACAGUGAACCCAUUCCUCUUCUCAAGAAAUGGGUCACACAUUUUCCCAAUGCCAAAUCACUCUCAUUUGUCUCCUCUAAUGAAUGUGUAGAAAAUGCACGACCUAACGAUUUGGUGCCAUAUGUUCAAGAUUUAUCAUUUUACCAUCACAAUUCAUGUAAAUUCCAAUCGCUUCAAGGUAUUCAAGUAAGCGGAAGCGUGAAUGGAUUUGAGCGCUUACUCAAGGCUCAUUCAAGUGAAUUACAAUCACUUUCUGCUCUGUCUGUAUUCUCAUUUACCACAAAAUCAAAGCAUCAAGAAUUACAAAAAAUUGAAACAAUUCUACAACAAUGUUCGAAUAUUAGGAGGGUCACAUUGGAAAAUCCCAUCAUUGUAGAGCCCGAUAAUUACAAUCUAUUCAUGAAACUUUCAUCGAGAUUAACAUCUCUAAGUUUGGAAGUGUCAUUUUCUUUUUUAGCAGAAGGGAAUGAUUGGAAAAACCUUUGUCACUCACUGACUAACUUGAAAAAACUCAAUUUAAAUAUUGGUAGUUUUGGAAAUGGUGAUUUCGUGACACCCAUUACGGAGACAUGUAGCACGCUUAAAUUUUCCGCUCUCACGGAUGGAAUUCCCCUUCCAAAGAAUAUUACACACUUGGGAUUGAGUAAUUUUAUGGACUCGCCAAUUUCAAUCAUUUUGGAUGGCUGUGAGUUGUCCAAGUUGAUAUACUUGCAUGCAUACAAGGUAUUACUGUCUGUAAGCCCUCAACAACAACCAUUUCCACACUUGGAAACCUUUGAAUACAUGACAGAGAUGAGAGAUUGCAAUGAACGAAGGGUGAUACAAUUUUGGAUGGAACAACACUUGUCUCUCAAGAAAUUUUCCUAUCAAUACGAUUGGGAUAACGGAGAAUUUGCAUUGUCAAAUUCUGACAAAACUCUCCUCAUUAAGCGACAUCCGACUCUCCAUAGACUCAAACUUGCAUGUGACAAGAGUGAUGUUCACAUUGAACAUGCUCCGAGUAUAGUCUCAAUUAUUGGAGUUCCGAGUUCUCUCAAGUUGAAUGGAAGUCAUGUUCAAAAAUUAAGCUUCAACAUUUGCAAUACUGGAAAUGUACCAAGCUUACACAAAACCUCUAUCUAUGACAUUACCCUCAAGCAAUGUGACUUGUUUGCUGUGGAGAUUGGUAAGAAUAUUGAUCUUUCACACCUCAAGUUUAACUCGAGCUUUAUAAUUCUUCGAAAGGCUCAUUUGACCUUCUCCGAUUCGAUUCGCGAUCAUCAAGUAUUCGACGUUGCCAAUAUUUUACCCAUGCACUCGGAAACUCUCUCACUGGAUGAAAUGAAAAUUAAUUUUCAAGACAAGCUUCCGCUAUUCCUCAUUGAACGCUUGUCGAAUACUCUCUGUCAAUUUAAUUCUAUCAAAGAGUUCACAGCAUAUUUUGCAUGGUUAAAGACCACUAUUCGUGGAUUCUCUUCACAAUUUAAAACCUUAAAUGUCUCCAAUUUUUUGGACGUCACCACCUAUUUAACUAAGGAUGAAAAGAAUUGCAGACAAAUCUCGAAUCCACAUAUGUCUUUCUUGAAAGUAGAGUCUGAAGAACUUGGAGACUUUACAACUAUUUCAUGUCCAUCCAUGACUCAACUGUUAUGCACAAGUUUGAAUCUUAAAUAUUCCCCACAUGCAAAGCCAUCACGGAAAAUUAUCAUUGAUCUUGAAACUUCACAGUCGUUGAGAGACAUUAAGGUUUCAUUUGCUCAAUUAGUGCUCCACAAUGUGAAUAAUAUUCAAUUAUCUCAUGUUCAGUCUCUUGAAUUAACAGAUCCUUCACUGCGAGUAGAGAUUGAUUUACAACAUUUUCCAAAUUUGAGCAAAUUGGAACUGUCAAAAAUUCAAAGUGAAAUCAAAAUUAUUGCACAAGGAAAUGAUGAAAGCGACAUGACACAAUCAAACAACAAGAAUGUGACACCACUCUAUCAUUCCAAUCUCCAACAUGUAUUCAUCAAUAUGGUAUAUUCCCUCCAUGUUCACAUGUAUCUCAUUGCUCCCAAAUUAAGAAGUUUCACCUUGACCAAUAUUUCUCAAACACAUCCAGAAUCGAAAAUUGAACUCGUUUCUACACCAAAGCUCAUUCGAAAAAUCAUCCACUUGAAUUUACACAAUUAG